UAUUCAUUGAUAUUAAGUAUCUAUAUCUUUGUAGGGCUGCAGCUACAUGGUGUCCUCUCUUUAUUAAGAAAGACAGCCAACCACUCAUCCGCACACAAGAUGUUUGGCAGGAUUGAGGAUGUCACAGCUGAGGAAAUUAUUGAUUUAUUCAAGCCAUUUUGGUCUUCUAAUGAGGCGGAGAAAAGGCUUGAAGAAAUUGUAAUAUAUAACUUUAGGAAAUUCCUAAAAAGAGUUCAACGCGGAGAUGUGACCACUCAAUGGCUGAAUUACAACCUACAAGAAAAUGAUGAGAAGGUUGUCAAGGUCACUACAAGCCACAUCCUUCGUGCAUUGAUAGGGAGUGACAGAGUUCCUCGCAAUAUUGGAAGUGCGUUAAUAGAAUUUGACCACAAGUCAGAAAACCUUUCAACUGCAAACACAUGUGGACCUACAUUAGUGUUUUCUCAGACAAGCAGCAUUCAAGAGUAUAAUUCAUUGGAGAGGCAUAUGUUAUACAUUGUGGUUGGGGCUCCAGGCUUUGGUAUAGCCUGAAAGGAGUUUGAAAAGUUCAUAUGCAUGUGUCCAUUCAUUAGAGAAUAUUUGAUUUUCAGUUUGCUGCUCAAUUAAGCAAAGUGUGUACAUAUUGUACUUUAGGUUUGUUGCUUAGUUAAAUUACAGAUACGUAUUGUUGGAAUUUGUGCAUUUAAUGGACCUAUUUUUUGGUAAUCAUGGUUAAAUACAUGGUAUUUGUUUGCUAGUUGAUAUGGAGCUUAUUUCUUUGUAACAUAUUAAUAUAUUAAAUUUAAACCCAAAGAAUGACUGUAUGAUACUGAUUAAAUUUAAAUAACUUUUAUAAAAAAAAAUGCAGUUAAUUGAUCUUUUCAACCUAGAUAUUUUUGUUCUUAUCUUACUUACAGUGUAUGUAAUAUGUAAAUAUUAGAUUGAAAAUUCUGAAUUAUUUGUGAAAAGAAGACUGAGAAUGGAUGUUCUAAGAUAUGAAUAUAAGCAUUUUAUUCUUGACCAUGCUGUCAUAUUAGUUACAACUUGAACUCUGUUGAGUUGGAAAAAAUAUCCGUUAGCAAGCUAUUUAGGCAUUAACAAGUGUUUUGUUAUGUUGCAAAAAAGAACAUUUUUAACAUUACUUAAUUAAGCCACUAUAUAUUGUUCAUUUACCACUCAUUUUCUUGAAUAAUAUAAUUUUGUAUGUUUAUUUGCUUGUUGUCUUUCUUCUACUGUAAACAAAGAAAUGCUGUCAUUAAACAAGAACUAUAUUUUCAUGAUGGUGUGGCUUCUCUAUUUAUCACUAUAGGUAGAUGAUAUGCUAUACAAAAAUGUGAAUAAUAAACAUGCAUUUAAACACAAUUACUUUGUAUUCAUAAGGGACAUAUGUUUCUUAAAUUAUUACAGGUUACAUGUUUUAUACAUAUUGGGAAAUAUUUAUAACAGAAUUUAAGAAGUAUGUGCAUUUUAUUUAACCAUUUUAAAACAUAAUCAUUAAAUCUAUCAACUGUGAAAGUAAUAGAAAGAGCAUCAAAACACGAGGCUAUCUGAUUUAUACGAGGGGGCGUAGCCCCCGAGUAUAAAUCAGAUUGCCGAGUGUUUUGAUGUUCUUUCUCUUUUGUAUCAUAGUCAAACAUGAAAGCACGUUCCCAGAUACCACAAUAUGAAACCCCACAAAAAAUUAACUAAUGAACGAGCAUCUGAAUAUGAUAUUUCCAUCGCAAUCCGUUUCCCUGUCGUCACAAAAUGUAAACCCCGGAAAAAAUGAACCAAUCAAUGGGCAUGCAUAUGUAUACGAUUUAACUCUGUCACAUUUUCAACAGAAAUGUCCCAUUGAAAUUUAAGGUAGAACCAUCCUUAUGCAUUACCUCUACAUUGAGGAAUAUCUCAAAGCAUGUUUAGCUCUCCAUUUUUUUACAUGUCAGUUGCCACCUCAAAAGCUUUAAAGUUGAUCAUAACUUUUUGAGAUCAUAGUGUGUUGUCUUCAUACGGCCACAACAACCCUUGAGACAAGACAUUCAAGAAGACCAGACCAAAUUUGAUCUUCAUUCAUAAAUAACCUUGACCUUCCAUGUUGAAUUUGCUGAUAUUUUCUGUCAUUGUCUAUAACUUUGUUAUUUAUGAAUUGAUUGUCUUCAAACUUUUAUAGGAUAGACCUUCAAGAAAACUAGACAAACUUUGACCUUCACUCAUAAUUGACCUUGAAGGUCAGAAUAUUGAAAUUUGCAUUAUUUUUGCUUUUAAUGGCUAUAAUUUUGUUGUUAAUGAAUGGAUUGACAUCAUAUUAAGAUAAACAUUCAGUAGGAUAAAGGAUAAGACUUUUAUGCAUAAUAAACUUAAAUUGAUCUUUGCUCUUCAAUAACCUUGACCUUGAAGGUCAAAUAAUUGAAUUUUCACUGAUGUUUGCUAUAAUUGACUUCAACUUUGUAGUUAUGAAUGAAAUGUUGUCUUCAGGCUUGGAGAAAAUCACCUAAUGUGGACUGACAUUAACCUAGGCUCAUUUAUUACCUUGAGCAGCUCAAAUUAUUAAAUUUUUGUUAUAUUGUCAUAAUUUCUAUUAAUUAUGUACAUUUUUGUUUAAUACUUGGACAAAACAAGACUUGCUACUAAAUGAAUAUAUUAAAUACAGAUGUGGCCAUGACCUUGACGAUUAAGGCCAAGUUACUGAAAUUCUUAUAUUUUUCCUAAAAUAAUAUCAUUUGAACCUUGUGCACAGUUAGAUGACUUAAAAACUAACCUUUUAUAAUAAAAAAUAAAAACAUAAUUUCACCUUUGCUUUAAUUUCCUUUUUUUACAGAUUCCUGUAAACUGUUAAUUUUUUGCUUUAAGGAAAUUUUUGUCUAGGCUGUUACUCAUAAAUUAUAGAAGCUAUUGACUUGAAACUUUAUAGGAUGAUAGAUCUUAUUGAUAAGAAGUGCAGUGCAAAAAACUGCCGCUUUCGCACUUCUUAUUUUUUUGCGUUUAUAAUUGCCCUUUAUUAAUUUUCAUAUUUCAUUUUUGUCCUGGCCACUUCUCUUGAACUAUAUUGUUCCGCGGCGACACAUCCGACUCGCGGAGUUCUGGUUUUAAGUUGCAGCAAUAACAUUGCCAUGACCAGGUGUACGGUUUUGUAAACAAAUAUUAAUGCUGUGCUUGGAUUCUUUUAUUUGACCUAUUUUUACCGUUCUUAUUUUUGAAUUCUCUGAUAAGAAAUUUCGAGCAUGUGUACAGCUUGAAAACAUAUAUCAAUAUUGACAUAGCCAGGUGACCUUUUGACUUACUUUCUUAUUUUUGAAGCUACAGUUUUGAAAUUUGAAUCAUAUGUACAGCUUUAAGAACAAAUAUCAAGCUAUAUUGAUACACAUGUAAAAUACUUUUACUCAUGUGAGAGAUUUAGGGCCAUCAUGGCCCUCUGGUUUAAAUUGUUUUCAUCUGUCAGUAUUAGUAAUGUUCUUUUGAUGUUUAUAAACAAAAUACAAUUUGGC